AUGAAGCCCUCCGUCUCCAUGGAGGAAGCUGGCGGCUUGGAUGCUGCAAGCCUGGCGGAGGCGCUGCGGCUGGUCCUCUCGGCGUUUCGUGCCAUGGAGGGACUGGCCGCCGAGAUCCACUCCUGCCACAGGACCCGUCGGAAAUGGGAGCUUACGAGGUGCCGGUCCAAGGUCGCCGACCCCGAGCUGGACCUUCUCAUCGCCCAUCUGCUCCAGAUCUGGAGCAUCUGUGCCGGCGCUUACCCACAGCGUGCCGGCGACAGGGCGCUGGCUCUGCAGGCCAGGGACGCCGUCCACUUCAUCAAGCUCCUGCAGGACAAGGUCCAGUACGGUAAACUUCAACCCAGCUCCCUGGUCCAGAUCCUUACCCAUGGAUCCAAGCUCCUUUCCGCUCUGAGGUGGUGUGGUUGCAGCCGCCUUCUUGUUGCACUUUUUGCGUCCAAGCCAACCCACAGGUUCACCAGGGGCAUCAAGGCGGUGAAUCAAGAAACUCGCAAGAUUGGCAACCUGCUCUGCACUUUGCCACCGCAGCCGGUGCCUGGUUCAGCCAGCCAAGUUCUUCAGACGGGGGUGUUUGUUGGGCGCGACAAGGACAGGGAUGACGUCGUGCAGAUGCUCGUCAAGCCAUGCGCCGAGGUUCCUCCACCUGACAUGAUGGUUUCCAUUGUUGGCACUGCAGGAAUUGGGAAGACCACGCUCGCUCAGAUGGUAUUCAAUGAUACAAGAGUUGCCAAGCAUUUUGAUGUCAGAUGUUGGGUGUCAGUUUCCACUAGUUCCAACAGAAUGGACCUGGCAGCGGAGAUCUUAAGGUCAGCCCAGCCAGCUUGGGAUACGUCUGAUGAGAAGAUGGCGGAUUUCCAGAUGCUUCAGUCCGAGCUCCGUCGACUUGUUACAUCCAAGAGGUACCUCAUUGUUAUUGAUGAUAUAUGUAAUGGCAUGGACGAUAUCUGGCUGGACAUGAUGGCUCCUCUACAGUCGGCAGAUAUUGGUAGCAGAAUUCUGGCAACUUCUCGCAUGAACACUGUGCCUCACUUCCUCGGUGCAUCGCAUCCAUACCCUGUAAAUCCGCUGAAUAGCGACGAUUGCUGGGCCAUCCUCAAGGAACAUGCUUUUCCAAGUGGUCGCGAGAAUGCCUAUCCAGAUCUUCACCCGAUAGGGAAGCAGAUUGCUGCAAAAAUCAACGGGUCACCUCUGGCUGCCAAGCUGGUGGGAGGUUUGCUGGGAGAUACAAGGAGCAAAAAUCACUGGAUGAAGAUCAUGAAAACAGGAUUGCAAGACAAUGCUCUUCUCCCUGCCCUGCGCUUGAGCUAUAAGUACCUACCGGUACACCUCAAGCGGUGCUUCGCAUAUUGCAGUUUGUUUCCACACAACUAUAAGUUUGAUCCAGCACAGUUGUCCCGCCUUUGGAUUGCCGAGGGUUUUGUUCAACCACAAGGCAGGGCUGGGAAAAGCAUGGAAGACAUAGCCAAAGAAUAUUUUGGUCUGCUCCUUUCACGCUCAUUUUUCCAAGAAAUCAAGCUUGGAUCCAGUACUUACUACUUAAUGCAUGACCUACUCCAUGAUCUUGCAAAGUCUGUUGCAGCGGAGGACUGCUUCCAUAUUGAGGAUGGCAUGAAAUGUGACAUCCCAUCAACAGUGCGCCACCUGUCCGUCACUGAGAAGAGUCUAGUUGGUCUCACAAGCUUCAGUGGGCUAGAAGAGCUGCUCACCUUGUUCAUCCGACCAUCACUUCCGUGCUCCUCCAGUUGCUUCCAAGAGGAUUUUGCUGUGAAUUUAGAAAGUAUCUUGAAGAAGUCCAAACAUUUGCGUGUUCUUGAUCUCAGUGGCUAUAACUCCAAAGAGUUACCUCAUUGCAUUUAUGACUUACUGCACCUCCGUUACCUAUCUAUCCAUGGCUCCAUCCAGAGACUUCCUGAGUCGAUUGGCAAGCUUCUGCAUCUGCAAACAUUGUGCAUCUCUGGGAAAUGUUCCCUUGAGAAGCUUCCUGUGAGCGUUAGUAUGUUGGUCAAUUUGCGGCAUCUUAUGGUUGAAAUGAAGUAUACUGCAGGACUGGUAGGCAUUGGCCGGCUAGCAAACCUUCAGGGAUCACUUGAGCUCCACAUUGAGAAGUUGGAAGGGCGCAAACCAGAAGAAUUGAGGAACAUUGAUGGUCUUCAUGGGUUAGUAAUAAAAUGUCUAGAAAAUGUUUCAGGCUAUGAAGAAGCCUGCAAAGCUGAGUUGAAUAAGAAACUUUAUCUUAAUUCUCUGAAUUUGGAAUGGAGCUCAGCUAGUAGAAAUAGCUCCUCUCCUGCUGAUGCAAAGGUGCUUGAAGGUCUGCGGCCUCACCAUGCCAUAAAGGUACUUAAUAUUAGAAGGUAUUGUGGCGCCAAAACUCCCAGUUGGCUGCAGUCACUGCAGCAACUGCGUUCUUUGAACCUCAUCAAUUGCAGGAGCUUGUGCAUCCUUCCUCCAUUGGGAAAUUUAGGAUCACUCAGAUAUUUACACAUGAAGGAGAUGUGUGCAGUUGAUCAAAUUGGACAUGAGUUUUAUGGCACCAGUGAUGUGGCAUUUCCAUCUCUAAGUGUCCUUGAAAUUGAUGAUUUCCCGAAGUUGUGUGAGUGGGCUGGCAGAGAGGACAAGAACUCAUUUCCAUGCCUUGAAAGGGUAAGUCUAAUGGAUUGUCCAGAAUUGAUCAAAAUUCCUUUGUUCUGCCAAGCUACUCGUGAAAUUACCAUCGAAAGAACACGGUUGAUACCAUAUAUGAGGCUUGCACCCUUUUCUUCAAGUUCAGAAAUGCUCCAGCUGGACGUUUGCACAAGUUCUGUCAUCCUCAAUAGAUUACUCUACAAACAUCAUAUACAGUCCAUUGCAGUGUUAAACAUAAGUGGGGCUGAGCAGCUUGCUGCUGCUGAACAACUGGGGUCUCUGGUAUCUCUGCAAAGGCUUCAGCUCUCUCGGUGUAAUCUUACUGACCAGACUCUAAGAAGCUUUCUUCAGGAUCUGCCUUGUUUGUCCUCUUUGGAGAUUAUAGACCUUCCUAACAUAACAUCACUUCCGGUAGCGGAAACAGUUAAGUUCUGCACAGUGCUCACUGAAUUGUGCAUUCGCAACUGUCAAUCGCUUUGUUCUCUAUCCUCAUUGCAGUAUCUUGCUUCACUAAAAUAUCUGGUGAUUGAGAGGUGCCCUGAAGUAACUGCAACAUCAUUUCCUGUGAACUUUAUGAGCCUUUCAUAUCUGAAGGUGCUGAGAAUGUCGUACUGCACAGAGCUUCAAUCUUUACCGGAUCUGCCAUCGUCACUGGAAACACUUUAUAUCUUUCGGUGCCACCCUGAAUUGUCCAGGAAGUCAAGAAACAUGAAAGGGCAUUAUGUUGAGAAGCUUGCAAUUGUACCUAGUGUAUUGAUCGAGUAA